AUGAAACUUUUUCUUUUCUUUCUCAUCACAUUCUCUUUCUUUUUCCAAACACAGUUACCACUAGUUUCUUCUGCUACAACUCUUCCCUUUCAACUCAUCACUCUCCUCUCAAUAAAAUCAGCCCUCAUUGACCCUCUCAAUCAUCUCAGUGACUGGAAAAUCAACCCUUCUAAUUCUUCCUCUACUUUCUCAAACUCCAAUAACUCCCAAAACCCAAUUUGGUGUUUUUGGAGAGGCAUCACUUGUCACCCAAAAACAGCACAAAUCACUUCACUAGACCUCUCUCACCUCAAUCUUUCAGGCACAAUCUCACCUCAAAUCCGCUACUUAACCACCUUAACCCACUUGAACAUAAGUGGAAAUGAUUUCAAUGGAACUUUUCAAACAGCAAUUUUCCAACUCACUGAGCUUAGAACACUAGACAUUAGCCAUAACUCCUUCAACUCAACUUUCCCACCUGGAAUAUCAAAGUUAAGAUUCUUAAGAAUCUUCAAUGCUUACAGCAACAACUUCACAGGCCCUCUUCCUGAAGAACUAAUCAGGCUUCCAUUUCUAGAACAACUUAACCUUGGUGGAAGCUAUUUCAGUGGCAGAAUCCCACCAAGCUAUGGAACUUUCAAAAGACUCAAAUUCCUAUUAUUUCAUGGUAAUGAAUUGGAAGGUUCACUACCACCUGAAUUAGGCUUAUUAUCAGAGCUACAACACUUGGAAAUUGGAUACAACCCAUUCUCAGGAACAAUACCAGUGGAAUUAACAAUGUUGUCUAAUCUCAAAUACUUAGACAUCUCAUUCACAAACAUCUCAGGUCAAGUGAUUCCUGGACUAGGAAACUUAACCAUGCUUGAAAAUUUGUUUCUCUUUGGAAAUCGGUUAAGCGGAGAAAUCCCAUCAAGCAUAGGCAAGUUGAAAUCGCUAAAAGAUCUUGAUUUAUCAGACAAUGAACUCACAGGUUCAAUUCCACCAGAAAUAACAAUGUUGAAGGAACUAACAAGGAUGAAUCUUAUGAUUAACAAGCUAAAAGGUGAAAUUCCACAAGGAAUUGGCGAGCUGCCAAAUCUCAACAGGUUCUAUGUUUUCAACAACUCGCUCAAUGGUACACUGCCACCAAAACUCGGCUCCAACGGGCUACUACAAUUACUAGAUGUUUCCACAAACUCACUUCAAGGUCCAAUCCCUAUGAACAUUUGCAAGGGAAACAAUCUUGUUAAGUUCAAUCUCUUUGACAACAAAUUCACCAAUAUUCUUCCAUUAUCACUCACUAAAUGCACCUCACUUGCUCGGGUUCGGAUACAAAACAACAAACUCACAGGUUCAAUUCCACAAACACUUACAAUGCUUCCUAAUUUGACAUACCUUGAUUUGAGCAACAACAAUUUCUACGGGGAAAUUCCUAAAGAAUUAGGCAAUCUCCAAUACCUAAACAUCACAGGAAACUCGUUUGAAAGCAAUUUACCUAGCAACAUUUGGAACGCAAGUAAUCUACAGAUUUUCUCAGCUUCGAGUUCAAAAAUCACUGGUCAAAUUCCCGAAUUCGUUGGAUGCGACUCGAUUUACAAGAUCGAAUUGCAAGGGAAUUUAAUCAACGGUAGCAUUCCUUGGAAUAUCGGUCACUGCGAGAAACUGAUUAUGUUGAACCUAAGUAGAAACAAUCUCACCGGAAUCAUACCUUGGGAAAUCUCAACUCUUCCUUCAAUCACCGACGUUGAUCUCUCACAAAACUCACUCACCGGAACAAUACCUUCAAGCUUCAACAAUUGCUCCACUCUCCAGAAUUUCAACGUCAGCUUCAACUUCCUCACCGGUCCAAUUCCUUCCUCAGGCAUCUUCCAAAGUCUCCAUCCUUCUUCCUACUAUGGCAACAAAAACCUCUGCGGUGAUCUUCUAGCCAAACCAUGUGCCUCCGCCGGAGAAAACGAACUAGAGGUCUACCACCAGGAACCGAAGAAAACCGCGGGCGCAAUCAUUUGGAUAAUCGCGGCAGCGUUCGGGAUCGGACUCUUCGUUAUCGUCGCCGGAACACGUUGCUUCCACGCGAAUUAUAAGCGUGGUUUCAACGAGAGCAACGGCGAAAUCGGACCGUGGAAGUUAACGGCGUUUCAGCGGUUAAAUUUCACGGCGGAUGAUGUACUCGAGUGCGUUUCAAUGUCAGAUAAGAUAUUAGGAAUGGGGUCCACAGGAACGGUUUAUAAAGCGGAAAUGCCAGGUGGAGAAAUCAUAGCCGUUAAAAAGCUUUGGGGAAAACAAAAGGAAAAUAACAGUAAUCUAAUCCGACGGAGGAGAGGCGUUUUAGCUGAAGUGGAUGUAUUAGGAACCGUGAGACACAGGAAUAUUGUGAGAUUGUUAGGCUGUUGCAGCAAUCAGGAAAUUACCAUGUUGCUCUACGAGUACAUGCCAAAUGGUAACCUUGAUGAUUUGUUACAUGGAGAGAAUAAAGGGGACAAUAUGGUAAUUUCGGAUUGGUUAACUAGGUAUAAGAUAGCAUUGGGUGUGGCUCAGGGGAUAUGUUAUCUACACCAUGAUUGUGAUCCUGUGAUUGUGCAUAGAGAUCUUAAACCUAGUAACAUUUUAUUGGACGGUGAGAUGGAAGCUAGAGUGGCUGAUUUUGGUGUUGCUAAGUUGAUUCAAGCUGAUGAAUCUAUGUCUGUUAUUGCUGGAUCAUAUGGUUACAUUGCUCCAGAGUAUGCUUAUACACUCCAAGUUGAUGAGAAGAGUGAUAUAUACAGUUAUGGAGUGGUGUUGAUGGAAAUUUUAAGUGGAAAACGUUCUGUGGAUCAAGAAUUUGGUGAUGGGAAUAGUAUUGUGGAUUGGGUUAAGUCGAAAGUAAAGACGAAAGAUGGAGUUGAAGGUAUAUUGGACAAGAAUGCAGGGCCAGGGUGUGGUUCAGUGAAAGAAGAAAUGAUACAGAUGCUUAGAAUUGCAUUGCUUUGUACAAGUAGAAAUCCAGCUGAUAGGCCUUCAAUGAGAGAUGUUGUGUUGAUGCUUCAAGCUGCUAAACCUAAGAGGAAAUUGCUUGGUGGAGGUGGUGAUGUUGCUUUGAUUCAAAAGCCAGUUACCAAUGAAAGCUAG